GUUAAGCAGAGUGUUUGAAGCUGGAUAAAGCACUUAAGUCACUAGGUUGCUGUCUGUGGCAAACGCACGUAUUGUGUCCUGCUGCAACUCAUUCUUCUCCCCUGCUACACAAAGACAAGGCUUUAGCCUAAUUAUGGAGAAACCCUGUGAAACUAACGGACACAUUGACAGGUACCCAGGCUACACCGUUUGUGAAAUAGAGGAGGAUGCUGCAGGAGGCAAAGCUACCAAGCAGAGUCCAUGUGCCCAGUUCCUCAGGAAGAAUGCUAUAGUGAUCCUCACAGUGUCUGGGGUGCUAGUAGGAGUUGGCUUGGGCACAGCUGUAAGAAGUAUGAACCUUACAAAAGCUCAGAUAACCUACUUUGCUUUCCCAGGAGAAAUGCUAUUAAGGAUGCUGAAAAUGAUUAUCUUACCCCUUGUGGUCUGCAGCUUGAUCUCUGGGGCUGCCAGUCUAGACACCAGGUCCCUUGGCAAGCUCGGUGGCAUUGCUGUAGCCUACUUCUUAGUGACCACCCUCAUGGCCUCAGGGUUAGCCAUAGCACUAGGUUUUAUCAUCAAACCAGGUGCUGGAGCAGGUGCCCUGAACUCUUAUGCCCUGGGUAUAAAAGAGACUGUGACUACAAAUAAAGAAACUGUAGACUCUUUCUUAGACCUGGCAAGAAACUUAAUGCCUUCCAACCUGGUAGCUGCUGCUUUUCGAACGUAUGCAACUGACUACAUAAUGCAGACGACAAACACAACCAGAGGCAAUAUUACCACAGAAAAGGUACCUAUAGGAACAGAGGUUGACGGGAUGAACAUUCUGGGAUUGGUUCUCUUUGCACUUGUACUAGGAGUGGCUUUGAAAAAACUAGGUCCAGAAGGAGAGGAGCUUAUAAGAUUUUUCAAUGCUUUUAAUGAGGCCACAAUGGUCCUUGUCUCUUGGAUUAUGUGGUAUGUUCCUGUUGGAAUCAUGUUUCUCGUAGGCAGCAAAAUUCUUGAAAUGGGAAAUAUUGUCCUAUUGGUAACCAGCCUUGGGAAGUAUAUAAUGGCAUCUAUUUUAGGUCACAUCAUUCAUGGAGGAAUAGUGCUGCCCCUCAUAUAUUUUGCCUUUACACGCAAAAAUCCAUAUACAUUCCUAGUUGGGUUGAUUACACCUUUUGCAACAGCAUUUGCAACAUCUUCAAGCUCAGCGACUCUUCCAUCUAUGAUUAAAUGCAUUGAAGAAAACAACGGAGUAGACAAAAGGAUUAGCAGAUUUAUACUUCCCAUUGGGGCAACAGUGAACAUGGAUGGAGCUGCCAUUUUCCAGUGUAUGGCCGCUGUUUUCAUUGCACAGAUGAAUAACGCUGAUCUAAAUGCAGGACAGAUCUUCACAAUUCUUGUCACCGCUACAGCCUCGAGUGUUGGAGCAGCAGGGAUCCCGGCAGGAGGUGUUUUAACUAUAGCAAUUAUUCUGGAGGCUAUUGGGCUGCCAACACAUGAUUUAUCAUUGAUCCUAGCCGUUGACUGGAUUGUUGACAGAACCACCACUGUUGUUAAUGUUGAGGGAGAUGCACUCGGAGCUGGAAUUCUUCAUUACCUCAACCAGAAGGAACUAGCAAAGAAGCAUCAGGAGCUGAAUGAUGUCUAUAUAGAAGCAGUUCCGAACUGCAAGUCAGAAGAAGAAACAUCUCCUCUUGUAACCCAUAGAGACCAGACUUUAAACACUGCCCGUUUAACUGUGCCAGAAUCAAAAGAAUCUGUAUUGUGAUAUAUCUUGUGACUCAGAAAUUGUACUUUAAAGUUUAACAGCUAGUUAAAUUCUUAAGGCCUAAUGUCACUGCCACUAUGGGCUGCAGUAGAAACUAGACUAGAAAUUCUAUCCUCAGUGUAGUAGCCUGUAAAUCAGUGCAUUUAAGUGUAAGCCCAUGGUUAUUAGUGGUACAAAGUAUGCCUAAUUCUCUGAAAGGGUAAUGCCACCAUUUUCAUUUACAUGCUAUGAGGAUAUAGACAAGGAAUGCUAGUUCCCUAUGUGCUUCUGUUGACUCUUUUAAAUUGUGUUUAAAUUACUCUGCAUUCCUCAGUAUUUACACUAAAUGUAAACUAAAAUGUUUUUUUUUUUCUGCUAGAAUUUGGGUGAAAUGGCUGUGCACAAUGGCUUACAUGACGGUGCAUAAACAGUGGGAGGAAGUACAUGAUAAACAGACAAUGAAAAGAGAUACUCAAAUAAUAUAGUUCACAAUGGCAGCAGAUUUUAUGUAGCCGUUAAUGCCUUAUCUGAAUCUUUAUAGUGCUUUGGAAUCUGUUGGGGCUCUUCAUAUAAUAAAUACAAGAAAGAAAGAAAAUUGGGGGAAAAAAACAAAACAAUAAAACAAUAAUAAUAAUAAAAAACUAGUAACAUUCAACACA